AUGUCACAGCCCCGUGAACCAGAACGAGACCACGAUACUGAAAUGGCCACUUCAUAUGCAUCUCGGCCACCGGCCAAUCAAUCACAGACAUUACCAUCAUUCCGAGAGCUCCUCCCUGCCCAUCUUCACGAUGAGAUUGACUCCUCGCCCUACUUCUCUCGACGUCAACAUCAACAUCAACCAUCACAGGACCGUCGUACUUCCCCACACUCUGGACACAUGGCAUCCGAUCCCCGAUCAAUCCCAGGCUCUCAUGCACACCAUGCGGAAAUUCCCUAUGGAGAACAUCACCACGAAUAUACCACCCGUUCCGAGCAUCACCUAUCAAGAAGACUAGAGAAUCCGGCUAGGGGUCCAAGUCCCAUUCUGCCCCCGAUCAGGGAUCUACAAAUGUCAGACCGACCCGGAUACGAUAAUAGAAUGGGACCAAGACCCGACCUAUACGCACACGAUUAUCGUCCUCAGCAACAUGUCCAUUCACCCAUGGACCACCGCGGAGAGCACUACUCACAGCCUAUGAUGCACUCACAAUACGGCCAUCCAGGCAUGCCCUACCAGCAUGAUCCAGAGCAAAUAUCAAUGUCCAUGUCCCCGCCAGGCAUGGCACUCCCGCAGGCCAACUUUGGAAUUAUGGGUGACGCAAUUGAUCCCAAGUCGAAGCGUCGAAGGGGCAACCUGCCCAAGCCCGUGACUGAUAUCUUGCGCGCGUGGUUCCACGAGCAUUUGGACCAUCCGUAUCCAAGUGAAGAAGAUAAGCAAAUGUUUAUGACAAGAACGAAUCUAUCUAUAAGCCAGAUCAGUAAUUGGUUUAUCAAUGCCCGACGACGCCAACUACCCGCCCUACGCAACCAAAUGCGAAGUGGUGGCGACGCAGAAUCACGGAACUCACCAUUCAGCGACGUGGACCAAGAAACCAUGCACUCUCCACACCAUUAG